AUGAUUACUGAGACUGCUAUAGCGGAGGCAUUACAGUGUCGGCAAAUUCCUGAUGACAUAUGUGCCCAUCAGCAGGCAGAGUUAGCCAUCCAUACCAUGACUUUCGAUUAUGAGGCGCUUAGGCGCGUGAUUGGGAUACCAGAUGCUAGUUGGGUCAUGGAUGCGACGAACACCAAGCCUAAGGGGAUGUUAUUUGCUCAUUUGACUAGGGAGGCCAGGACCUGGCAGAUGAUCUUUGCUCACUACGUCUUGCCUACUACCCACUUCUCUGAGAUCCCCAUGGAGAUGCUUCUGCUGAUCGGGUGUGUUAUGGAGGGGAAGGAUGUCUCCUUUCCUCGACUUAUCCGACAGUAUGCAGAUGACAGGGAGGUUACUAUCCCCUGGGGUGGUUGGGUGCAUGAGAGGCCACCUUCUAGACGCCGUUCUAGGGCCAGGGCAGUAGUGGGGACGCCUUCACCAUCGGCCCCUACAGCAGCCCCAUCUUCUUCUACCACAGCUGCUCCCUCAUCAUCUACAGUUCCACCAGCAGCCCCUGAGCCGACCUAUCUCCUGGUCCAGCGUCUUUUCCGGUUUUUAGAGCGUGAGAGACGCUAUGUCAGACGCCGUUUAGAUCGGAUGGACCAGGAUCAUCAGGAGGUGGAUGCGGAGGCACCGAUUCAGCAGGUUGCCCCUGACACUACAGAACCACCACAGACUCAUGAGGAGCCGUGGUUACAAAUUACAAUGGAAGCUGAGACUAGUUCUAGCAGCAGCAAGAACAGAGUAAGAAACAAUGACUACGGCUUUAUGGAUACGAUUCUUUCGUGGUCCAUUGAUGAUAUUCUCAAUGAAGAACUCUACAAAACUCAGGUCGACAGGAUUGAGCUGUCGUUUAAGUCGGUAAAUAAUUACAUUGGAUCUUUCGUAUAUCCGUUAUUGGAAGAAACUCGAGCGCAGCUAUGCUCGAGUAUGGAGGUCUUGCAGAACGCUCCAUUCGCAAAAGUGAACAGCAUUGACAAUGAUAAGAAAUUUGGAAGGAAAUUCUACAAUUUGAAUAUUGGCGAAUGGAAAAACAGAUUCACUCUUCGUACUAACGAGCCGUACAGAAUGCUGCCGGGAGAUGUUCUAAUUUUGACAGAUUAUAAACCGGAAACCGUCAAUGGUUUGCAGAGGUUCGCAAGGAUGUGGACUUUUGUUUCAGUAGUCAAAACAAGUGAAGAUGAAGAUUUAAAUCUUAAGGUUAAGGUGAAGGCAUCAAGUGAUAUUGAUCCCAAUGAAUUCAAGUAUAAUAAGUCUCUUUUUCUUGUCUUCUUGACAAAUAUAAGCUCGAAUAGAAGAAUUUGGAAUGCACUUCACAUGGAUGGGAAUUUGAAUAUAGUGAAGCAAGUUUUAACAACAAGCGAAACGGCGGUUGCGGAGAGUUGUAACUGCUACUCUGACAGUGAAAUGUUAAGGGAUGACAGUUCUUUAGAAAGGUUAUUAUCGAAUCUGAAUGAUUACCAAAAGAAAGCGAUUCAUACAUGUCUUUCGGGAAUUCGGUGCAGCUGUACUAAUAACAACUCAAAGAUCAAGCUGAUAUGGGGUCCCCCGGGGACGGGGAAGACUAAAACUUUGGCCACACUCCUCUUUGCUCUGAUGAAAAUGAAAUACAGAGUCCUUGUAUGUGCACCUACCAAUGUUGCCAUAAAAGAAAUCGCUUCACGCGUUGUGAGUAUUGUGAAGGAUUCGGAAUCUCGUGAAACGUUCUGUUCUUUAGGGAGCUUUCUCUUGUUUGGGAAUAAUGAGAGGCUCAAAGUUGAUGGGGAAUUGGUUGAGGAAAUAUAUUUGGAUUAUCGUGUGCAGGAGCUCACAGAAUGCUUUGGAUCUUAUAAAGGUCUGAGUUCCUGCUUACGAGAAAUGUUUUAUUUUCUUGAUGGUUACGAAUUGAAAAGGAAUGAUACUGGAAAGUUUAGAGAAAAGUUUUAUUUUCUUGAUGGUUACGAAUUGAAAAGGAAUGAUACUGGAAAGUUUAGAGAAGAGUUUCUGUCCACAGCAUUGCGGCUGAGGCGCUGCAUUUCUAUCUUAUUUACACACGUAAACAUGGACAUUGUGUAUGAAAAAAUCUAUCAAAACUUGGUCUUGUUGAAGAAGGCACUUGAUUCCUUUGAAGAUUUGCUGUUUCAAAAUGGUGAAUACCAAUCAUUGUGCAAAGAGAGAAAUGAAUGCCUAGAGGCUUUAAAAGCCGCGAGAGAUUCACUUGUCAGAUUUCCGUUUACAAAAUCUUUUGAAGCUAAGGCGAUCCGGGAGUCAUGUUUGCAAAAUGCAUCAUUAUUAUUUUGCACUGUUUCUGGCUCCUACAAUCUACAUUCUGUUGCGAUGAAGCCACUCGACAUUUUGGUAAUAGAUGAAGCGGCACAGUUAAAAGAAUGCGAAUCGCUCAUAGCCAUGAAAAUUGAAGGAAUAAGACAUGCUAUCCUUCUUGGGGAUGAAUGUCAACUACCUUCGAUGGUAGAAAGUAGUGUCUCAAGUGAAGUUGGUUUUGGACGAAGCUUAUUUGAGAGACUUAGCAUAUCUCUUCAUCCUAAACAGCUUCUCAGAAUGCAGCACAGGAUGCACCCAGAAAUUAGUUCAUUUCCGAAUUCAUAUUUCUAUUCUAACGAAAUUCUUGACGCUCCAAAUGUCCAAAGAAUUGAAUACAACAAGAAAUAUCUCCCUGGGAAAAUCUUUGGUCCCUAUUCUUUUAUAAAUGUGGCUGGGGGAAGAGAAGAGUAUGAUGCGGCUGGUCGGAGCCGAAAAAAUGUUGCCGAGGUUGCUAUUGUAACGACAAUAGUGAAGAAUCUGCAUAAAUCAUGGCUUGCCAAGAGGGAGAAACUAUGCAUUGGUAUUGUUUCUCCUUAUGUAGCUCAAGUCGCAGCGAUCCAGGAAAAAAUUGGAAAAAUCUAUGACAGCGAUGUUGAGUUUACUGUGAAUGUUAAAUCAAUUGAUGGAUUUCAGGGUGGCGAACAGGAUGUGAUUAUUCUGUCCACUGUUAGAACAAAUAACAGGACGCCUCUCGAUUUUGUUUCGUCUCCGCAGAGGACAAAUGUUGCUCUCACAAGGGCGAGGCAUUGUUUAUGGAUUUUGGGGAACGAGAGGGCCUUGUCACACAAUAAAAAUGUGUGGAAGGAUAUUAUCUCUGAUGUAAAGAAGCGUAACUGUUUCUUCAAUGCUGAAGAGGAUGAAGAAUUCUCUAAAGCCAUUUUGGAUGCAAGAAAAGAUAUGGAUCAAUUUGAUGAUUUGCUUAUGACAAAUAGCAUCUUAUUCAGAAAUUCAAGAUGGAAGGUUAACUUCAGUGACAAGUUUCUCAGAUCGUUUAAGAGGCUGCCGUCAGAGCACUCUAAGAAGUUAGUUAUCAACCUUCUUGAGAGGCUUUCUAAUGGAUUGAGGCCGAACAAGACUCGAGUUCAACUAUUGAACAAUGAUUCAUAUGAGAUUCUGAAAAGUUUCAAAAUUGAAAGCAGGUAUUUGAUCUUCUCAAACGAAAUAGUCAAGUAUUCGAGUUAUAUGCAGGUUUUGAAGAUAUGGGACAUAUUGCCUCCCAACGAUCUUCAUAAAUUGGCAAAGCGACUUGGAAAUGUAUUUGCAACAUACACUGAUGAUUAUAUCAGUCGGUGCAAAGAGAAAGGUUUUUACAGGCACACUGAGAUUCCUCUAACCUGGCCGCUUUCAACGAACAUUCAAAAAUUAAAGAAUGCCGAUAACAAUAAAGGAAACGAAGGAGAGAAAUUAGUAUCUGUAUGUGAAGAUAGAAAUGAAGCUGAAAUGUCAAAGUAUAAGGAGUGGCUUCUGUUAAUGAAAUACUGUUCCAACAGUGACCAUGAAGCCAUAGAUUUGGAUCUUCUUCCAAUUUCAUUAACAGAAGAACAGCGCAGAGUGAUCUUCUAUCCCCGGAGUACAUUUCUACUUGGACGUUUCGGAACGGGGAAAACAACUGUGUUAACAACUAAGAUGAUUUGGAAUCAAAAACUGCACCAUUCGGUAGUUGAACUUGUAUAUGAAAGAAGCGCGAGUGCAUUUGAGAAUUGCGACAAGUCUCAAGAGAUUUGUGCUGAGACAGAGAGGCCAGUUUUGAGGCAGUUAUUUGUGACACUAAGUCCUGAACUAUGUCAGGAGGUGAAAUGCCAUGUCUCUCGGUUUGAAAGGUUUGUGGGAACAUCAGAAGCAAGUAAUUCGUCGGUAAAAGAUAUCCAUUUGCCAGAUUCAUUCCUGAAUGUUCAAUUUAGUUCAUAUCCACUAGUGGUUACAUUCCGCAAAUUCUUGAUGAUGCUGGAUCUGAGUUUGGGUAGAUCUUAUUUAGAGAGGUUCAAGAUCGCUAAGAAUUCUUCUCUUGUCCAAGGUUUAGUUCCAUGGGAGGCUUUCUUAGCAACCAAGGAAGUGACUUAUGAAAAGUUUGAUACAUCCUAUUGGCCGCACUUCAAUGCACAAAAGAUCAAGAACCUUGGUUCUUAUCAAGUGUUCACUGAAAUAAUGACGCAUAUUAAAGGUAGCAUUGAAGCAUCAGAGACAGGUAAGAUGAGCCGUAAGGACUAUCUCACUCUUUCUGAUAGCAGAAGAUCAAGUUUGAGCGUGCCGAAAAGGGACUUGAUCUAUGAUAUCUUCGAAAACUAUGAGAACAUGAAGAUGAGCAAGGGAGAGUUUGAUAUGGCUGAUUUUGUAAGCGACCUACAUAGAAGGUUAAGAUCUUCAAGAUACCAAGGUGAUCUAAUGCACUUUGUAUAUAUUGAUGAGGUGCAGGAUCUUACCAUGUCUCAGAUUGCUUUGUUCAAGCAUAUCUGCCCGAAUGUAGAGGAAGGAUUCAUUUUCUGUGGGGAUACAGCUCAGACAAUCGGACGAGGGAUCGAUUUCAGGUUCCAGGAUGUAAGGGCCCUCUUUUACAACAAGUUUAUGCUUGAAUCAAAUAAAGAGAAGGGUCAUAUUUCAGAUAUGUUCAUGUUAAGUGAGAACUUUCGUAGUAAAGCCGAGGUUCUUAAGUUGGCACAAAGUAUCGUUGAACUUCUCUUCCAUUUCUUCCCCUAUUCGGUGGACAUUUUGAAGGUGGAGACCAGUUUGAUAACUGGGGAAGCCCCCUAUAUACUUUUAGGAAAUUGUAUUGAAACAAUUUUUGGUGAAAAUGGAUAUAAGAAUGUUGAGUUUGGAGCGAAUCAAGCCAUCGUGGUGCGCGAUAAUGAAACUCGAGAGGAAAUCUUGCCUCUUGUGGGGAAGAAAGCUCUUGUUUUAACAAUUUUGGAGUGCAAAGGGCUUCAAUUCGAGGAUGUAUUACUAUACAACUUUUUAUCAACUUCACCCUUGAAGAGGCAAUGGGGAGUCAUAUACCAAUUCAUGAAGGAAAAGCAUGUAUUUUGUGCAAGUUUUGAUGAAACCAAACACAAUGUUUUAUGCUCUGAACUUAAGCAGUUAUAUGUUGCUGUAACGAGGAGUAAGAAUAGAUUGUGGAUAUGUGAAGAUAAAGAAGAAUUUUCAAGACCGAUGAUUGAUUACUGGAAAAAGAAAAGUCUUGUCCAAUUCAUGAACCAACCUAAUGAGGCUUAUUACUCAAUGGAGCGUGGAAUUAAGUUAUAUUUUUUGGAGGCAAUGAAGAAUUACUCAACUAAUUCACACGAAUGGAUGGAGCGUGGAAUUAAGCUAUAUAAUCAAAAUAAUUAUAGCAUGGCUACCAUGUGUUUUGAAAGAGCCGGGGACGAUUAUUGGUUGAAAAAGUGUAAAAAUGCUGCUCUGAAUGCAAUGUAA